UCUAAAACGUGUAUGAUUCCACUCAACGUGCAAAAACGAAUAGACUUCAGAGUAAUGGAACUGUUGCCUUAGAUUUUUCCCUGAUUCUCUUAACAUUUAAUAUUAGAAUUCUGGUACAAUAAAUACUGAAAUGUUUCUUUACCCGCGGGAAAGUACGAGGUCUUUUUCGGCACGAGAAUGUAUGAUGUUACGAUGCUAUAAAGAGGAAGUUGUAAUACAUCAUAAAAUGAAUCAUAAUUUAGUUAAAAGACCGGUCCCAUAAUUCCUUUGUGGACUGAUUCAGACAGAAAAACAAACAUCUGCGUGGAAGUCGACUAAGAAAUCUUGUUCACAAAAGGUGCUUACUAAUCAUUUGGUUCUUCUAAAAGUUCCGUGAGAAUUGAAACGGAGACAGUUGAGAUAUGAGGCGAGCAAUUCAGAGGCGUGAAGUAAUUUCAAAGAAGCAGACGUUAACAAUUGCAUGUAUUUGUGCUUUUACGGCAUUGAGAAUGUUCUUUACAUUUUUCUUCUUCGUCACAAGCAUUAUUUGCAUUGUGAAAUUAGGAAGCCGCAUCGAAAAGUGCAAAGGCCAAGUCAGUUUUUCUCAGAAAACGAUCGAUGCUCUCGACACUACCAGCACUUUUAUCGAGACAACUUUUUCGUCGCUCUUGAUCUUUCUUCUCUAUCGCUGGAAAUGGUUUCACUUCAAAAAUUUCCUCAAGGCUCUGCCAAAACGGCGAAGGGCUUGGUCGUGGGCCAUCUUGUGGAUUUUGCGUAUUGUCACGAACGUUCUCAUCGAUAUUAUCCCGUCCGUUAAGAAUGGUAACUAUAUGCUGGUCGUGCUCGGCAUUUCAUUGAGCUUCGAAUUCUUUUCAACAACUAUUUUUGCCUGUGUGAUUCAGUUUGUCUUCCUCACCGAAGUCACAAGAUGGAUCAAUCUUUACAUCACGGAUGCCAAAUGCUAUUUCAUAUGGCUUUACCGGAUUGUCUUACUUACGUACGGCUUCCGACUGCUCUCACUAUUCCUGUAUGAUUCCUUUUUGGUUGCCAGGCACAUAGUACGGGAAAGUGAAUAUAAGUCAUAUGACCAAAUUUUGCUGUUUUUGGAUGCUGGUUACAGAGGCAGUCUAUCGUAUUUCUUUUUCGGAAAAUUUUUUGAGUUUUCUAUCCCGGAAGAAGAGAAAGUUGUUCGGGAAGUUCAACUGGAAGAACCAAAUGAAGAGCGAGAAGCUGAAGGACGAGGAGAAAUCAGAGGUGACCCAGAAAAUGAUAAGGAACUCGAUUCCUUGGCAUUAUCAGAGGAAUCACUUCUGGCCUGAAAUCAGCACGAUAACAUUUGUAAAGAUAACAAUAUGUCUUGAGAUGCAAUUUGGAAUGCAAUUUGGAAUGCA